AUGCCCUCACGCGCUUCAGACGUAGAAAGCUUCAAAGAAGACCUAGAAGACAUCAAAGGAACAUGGAACUAUUUGUUCACCGAAGCUGUAAAAGACUUCGAAAUCCCAAUCUGGAACAAGCAGCAGCCAGGUUGGGAAACUUUUAUGCAAGAGCUGUUCAAGGUACACGCUUCAGACGUAGAAAGCUCUAAAGAAGCUUUCAAAAAGUACCUUGCCGUCGAACAGGGUGCCGUUACUUUAAAGAAGUUUUAUCAGUUCGAUCCCGAGUUCGUGUACAGCCACAGCAACUUAAAAGAUGUCAAAGGAACAUGGAACUAUUUGUUCACCAAAGCUAUAAAAGAAUUCCAAGUUCCAAAAUGGACCAAGCAGCAGCCAAAUUGGAUAGAAAUCCUGGAAGAGCUGAUCAAGCGCAACGAGCAGGUACCUGCAACAGCCGCCCCAAGUUCACCAUCAGCCACCAUCACUUCUCCUAGCAAGACACCUCAUUCCCAAUAA